GAUCCUGAAGAGCCAAUCGCUGCGUUCCAAAGUGCAUGACGGUUCUUGUAGUUUUUAGCUCCUCCUUUAAGACACGGCGAGAGCGUAAAUAAAACUACACUUCUCAGAAUUCUUCCUGAGAGCUCAGCCAUUCAGGAGUAAAUAACCGAAGAGACAAGAGUGAGAAAACAAAGAAUAAAGGUUCCUGAGAGCUGCUGGUGGGCACGGAUUCAGUCCUGCAGGACAGUUCAGGGAAACAUGGUGGAAGCAGUCGAAGCAGAUGACACCGAGGAGACCCAGAAGGAGCUCAACAGCGAACCGUGCCACAUGGACGACACAGAGACGGCUCCCCCAGCUCUGCCAGCAGGUGUCACACGGGCACCUCGAAUGCACAGGUGGUCUGUCGCCUUCCUGUGCUUCUACGGCUUCAUAGUGCACCUGAGGCCUGGGGAGGCAUUCAUCACUCCACUGCUGCUCAGCGCCGAGAAGAACUUUACGAGGGAACAGGUGACGAACGAAAUCAGCCCGAUGCUACCCUACUCCUACAUGGCAGUGCUGGUGCCCGUCUUCCUGCUCACAGACUACCUGCGCUAUAAGCCCUUUCUAGUGCUGCAGAGCCUCAGCCAUGUGUCUGUCUGGCUCUUACUUCUCCUGGGCACCACGUUGCUUCAGAUGCAGUGGAUGGAGGUCUUCUAUGGCAUCACGAUGGCGACGCGUAUCGCCUACUCCUCCUACAUCUUUUCCCUGGUGACGCCAGCACUCUACCAGCGUGUGGCCGGCUACUCGCGCUCCGCUGUGCUGCUGGGCGUCUUCCUCAGCUCGGUGCUCGGCCAGCUGUGCAUGUCAUUCGGAGGGGUUUCCUACGCGACGCUCAGCACUGUCUCGCUGGGCUUUGUUUCCUUUGGACUGCUGCUCUCCAUCUUCCUGCCCUGGCCCAAACGCAGCCUGUUCUUCAACCGGGAGUGGCGGGAGGAGGGCGCUGCCCACUUUGAGCUGGACAAAAUGAAGUGCAGCGAGACCACUGGUCAGACUGAUCAAUCUCCAGCUUCGUCCUGGAAGAGUUCACUGUUUGUUCAAAUGCUGAAAGAGCUGCGGAAUGUGGUUAGGGUCCCCUGCCUUCGGCUCUGGAGCCUCUGGAUGGUCUUCAGCUCUGCCGGGUACUACCUAGUGCUCUUAUACGUGCAUCUUCUUUGGAACAAGGUCUAUCCUGCUGCUGAAAACAAGCACGUCUACAACGGGGGUGUGGAGGCAGCCUCUACUCUGCUAGAAAGUGUGUCCUGGCUGUGCCCAGGUGCUGUCACCGCCUUUUCAGCGGGCUUUGUGAAGAUCCGCUGGAACCUCUGGUCAGAGCUGGUGAUUGGGAUUAUCACUGCCCUGCAAGCCGGCCUGCUGCUCCUCAUGGGCACGACCAGCAGCAUCUGGGUCUGCUAUGUGUCCUAUGUCCUUUUCAAGGGCUUCUACCAGUUUCUGGUGCCUCUUGCCAAUUUCCAGAUUGCCUCGUCUCUUACGAAAGAGCUGUGCGCCUUGGUGUUCGGAGUCAAUACGUUCCUCGGGACCAUUCUGAAGUCCAUCAUCACCAUCGUCGUGGCGGACAAGAGGGGUCUGGCGCUGUCUGUUCACUCCCAGUUCUCAGUUUACUUCUGCUACUUUAUGCUGCUGACCAUCAUCUUCCUGGGCUCUGCGGCCGUGGUCCUUAUCCGGCACUACCGCACCCACAGGAGGGACGAUCUGGCCAAAGACCCCUCGUGUAAGGAACUCGCUCCACUGGAGGGGGGUGACACCAAGUCAAAGCCGAUGGACAGUGGGGCCUCAGUGAAGGUUUGACAUGGAAUACAAUGGGUACAUUUUUCAGGUUGACAGUACACGCCGUUCCCAUUCAGGUUUUUUUUUUUUUUUUUACAUUUUUCAUUUUGUAUUGAAUAUAACAUUCUCAUGACAGAAGCAAACUGCAGUUCCCAUGUAGUGUUCUCUUCUGUAACCUAGAAUUAGGAAUAAAAACAUAAUAUACAUGUGGACACUUUAGAGGGACGAUUAUUUUAGGUGAGGACGUACUUAUUAAGCAAACUUACUAUGCAAACUUUUAAAAGGAAAGAACAAUAGUGAAGCUGUAAA